AGUCUGCACCACCUACGCUCCUCAAUCAACACACCUAUUCACUCUUUCUGUCUCAGUCUUUGCACUUUGCAGAAUUAGUCUCUACUCCAGAUACAUCAUUACUGUCUAUCGCGUGAAGACACAGGACAUACUUCCGUACACUAAGAUGCGGACGAAGCAUGCUGCACACCCACUACCCACGUUCCCUGUGUAUUCGUGCGCAUUCGUGUCUCCUACGGAGGUAGUAUUAGGAGGGGGAGGGGGUCAGUCGAGAAGUGGUAUCAAGAACAAGCUGAGGCUCUACCGCGUCGAUAAUGAGAAAUCAGUAGAACUUCUGGACGAAUUCGAACUUGACAAAGGAGAAGAUGCCCCAAUGAGUAUGGCUGCUCAUGCUGAGAGCCGAAAGAUCAUAUGUGGAGUCAACAGCUCCGAAGAAUACCUUCAAAAUGGCCACAAUCAGAACUGUCGUAUGUUUAAGAUCAAGGAGGGCAAGCUGUCACUGGUGGAAACGCGAAAUACUCUGAACUUGAAGGCCGGAGAUGACGAUUUCCAAAAAGUGACUACGCUUUCUCCCGACGGCUCCUUACUCGCUGUCUCAGGCAAUCGUGAUCUAUCUCUCAUCAGCUUUCCGUCCUUGAAACCGGCUACAUCCCCGCUGAGUCCCUUCAAGGAAGACAUCUAUGAUGCCACUUUCUCGACUGAGACACUUGUCGUUGCAACCACAAUCCACCUAUUCGUUUAUAACCUUCCUUCUGCGGUCGAUGGAAAUGCAGAAUCAAAGAAAACUGGGAAACAAAAGGCGCCUUUUCUUACUGACCUGGAACUACUCAAAACUAUCGACCGUCCUGCUCUACCUGGAAAGGACGCUGGAAGCAGUUUCCGCGCUGCACGCUUCCACCCAACCGAUUCCAAAGUGCUUUAUACCGUCAUCAACACAAUCCCUCCUCGCACACGUACCAAAUCAUCUCCGAGACGCGCUUUCGUUUGUAGAUUCGAUACGCAGACUUGGCAAGUCACCAAGUUGCGCAAGAUAAGCGAUCAAGGUGUGACAUGUUUUGACGUGAGCCCGAACGGGAAGUUCUUAGCGUUUGGUUCUGCUGAUUACACUGUUGGUAUCCUCGAUGCCCACACGUUCGCGCCGUUAGUUACCAUUCUGAAAGCCCAUGACUUCCCGCCCACCACAUUACGCUUCAAUCCUGAGUCAAAUCUCCUGAUUUCUGGCAGUGUCGAUAACUCAAUCCGUGUAGUCAGUGUGCCGGAGACACUGGCAGAAUCAACCUGGAGUUGGAGUUCCUGGAUUAUCAUCAUUGUCACGCUGCUUGUUCUUCUGUUUGCUUUCAUCGCUCAGCAGAUGCACCACAGCUAUUCAUAGCGAGGCAUAUGUUCCUGCUCUUAUCAUUCUGUCACAGUCUUGGACUUUUGGGGUAUUGGAUUAUCAUUAUGUUUCAUACAUAUGUAGACAGCGUGCUGGAUUAGUACUUUUCAUACGGUUUAUUAUAUCCCUAUAAAUACCAGUCCCACC